AUGCUCGCGGCAGGAAUGUGCAAUAACACCACUGCGAACAUCAGCGAUGUACUUCUGGUCAUUCACUACUUUCUCACAAAGGAGCAUUGUGGACCCGACUUCAAAAUAUUUAACUAUGUCGAUAGUCUGCUAUAUGCCAUCGAUUAUCUUAAUGCCCAAUUCGAUCCUAGCAUCCCCUACGCACCCUCCUUCACCUUCCUCAAGGGAUGCUCCCUCAGGAAGUAA